AUGACGAGGUCCCGGUGGAAAGUGACACAAGCGGCAUGGCGCGGGGUAGACGCGGACGGGGCGGCCGCCGGCGCUCCACUCCAGGUUCCUGCGGAGCGGAGGCGCCCGGGGCUCCAGACGCUCCGCCAGCGCCGGCAAGAUGCUGCCGGUGUACCCGGAGGUGCCGCCCAGCCCGCUGCAGGACGCGAACCCCUGGUCCCGCCCGUUCUUCUGAAUUUUCUGUUACUUGAUGAGAUAUCACGGUGCAACCCUCAGCUGCCAUCAGAUGGUAAAACCAUAGUGGACGUGCAAGAUUUCACUGCUUUUUGGGAUGAGGAUUUAGAGGUUUUGGAGGAUGGAGACCUAACUGUGAUAGGAGACGGAGGAACCACGCUGAGCGGAGGGCAGAAAGCCCGGGUCAACCUCGCAAGAGCCGUGUAUCAGGAUGCAGACAUCUACCUCCUGGACGAUCCGCUCAGUGCAGUAGAUGCAGAAGUGAGCAGGCACUUGUUUGAACUGUGUAUUCGCCAAGCCUUGCACGAGAAGAUCACAAUCCUAGUGACUCAUCAGUUGCAGUACCUAAAAGAUGCAAGUCAGAUUCUGGUAUUGAAAGAUGGCAAAAUAGUGCAAAAGGGGACUUACGCUACAUUUCCGAAAUCUGGGGUAGAUUUUGAAGAUAUCCUUUUAAAGAAGGUGAAUGAGCAGGCUGAACUAUCUCCAGUUCCAGGAACUCCCACUCUGAGGAAUCAGACCUCUGAGUCUUCAGUUUGGUCUCAACAGUCUUCCAGACCCUCGUUGCAAGAUGCCGCUCCAGAGGACCAAGAUACUGAGAAUAUACAGGUUACACUAGCACCGGAGAGCUAUUCGGAGGGAAGAGUUCACUUUAAGACCUACGUGAAUUACUUCACAUCUGAUGCUCACUGGCUUAUCAUCAUUUUCCUUGUUCUAGCAAACAUCGCAGCUCAGGUUGCCUACGUCCUUCAGGAUUGGUGGCUUUCAUACUGGGCGAAUGGACAGAGUACACUGUAUGCCAUGGUGUAUGGAAAAGGAAACCUAAUUGUGGUCCCUGAUCCUGACUGGUACUUUACAGUUUAUUCAGUUCUAACUGUAGGUACUGUCCUUUUCGGCAUCACAAGAUCUCUGUUGAUAUUCUGCAUUCUUGUUAAUUCUUCACAAAUUCGGCACAACAAAACGUCGGAGUCCGUUUUGAGAGUUCCGGUAUUGUUCUUUGAUACAAAUCCAAUAGGAAGAAUUUUGAAUCGUUUCUCCAAAGACAUUGGGCAUAUGGAUGACUUGCUGCCCCUGACAUUUCUUGAUUUCAUCCAGACAUUUCUCCUUGUGACGGGUGUGAUGGUGCACGCUGCAGGCGUGAUGGUGGCUGUGAUUCCUUGGACUGCGAUACCCCUGGUUCCCCUUGGCAUCAUUUUCUUUGUUCUUCGGCAGUAUUUCUUAGAGACGUCAGGAGAUGUCAAACGCCUGGAAUGUGCAACACAGAGCCUAGUGUUUUCCCACGUAGCAUCUUCUCUCCGGGGACUCUGGACCAUCCGGGCAAACAAUGCUGAACAGAAGUUUCAGGAAGUGUUCGACACACACCAGGACUUGCAUUCAGCUUUGGAUGCUGGGCAGGUUGGCCUGGCACUGUCUCUUGCCCGCACGCUCAUGGGGAUGAUCCAGUGGUGCAUCAGGCAAAGCGUCAAAGUUGAGAAUAUGAUGAUUUCAGUAGAAAGAGUGAUUGAAUAUACAGACCUUGAGAAAGAAGCACCCUGGAAAUACUUCUUUCAUCGUCUACCACCAGCCUGGCCCCAUGAAGGAAAGAUUUUCUUUCAAAAUAUUAACUUAAGGUACAGCUUGGAUGGGCCUCUGGUAUUGAAGGACCUGACAGCAGUCAUUAACUCAAGAGAAAAGGUUGGCAUUGUGGGAAGAACAGGAGCUGGAACAAGUUCCCUCAUCGCUGCCCUUUUUAGACUGUUAGAACCUGAAAUUUCCAUCGAUGGGAUCUUGACAACCGUAAUUGGAUUUCACCAUUUAAGGAAGAAAAUGUCAGUUGUACCUCAGGAACCGGUUUUAUUCACUGGAACAAUGAGGAAAAAUCUGGAUCCCUUUAAUGAGCAUACGGAUGAGGAACUGUGGAAUGCCUUAGAAGAGGGACAAUUUAAAGAAGCCAUCAAAGGUGUUCCUGGUAAAAUGGAUACUGAAUUAGCAGAAUCAGGAUCGAACUUCAGUGCUGGACAGAGACAACUGAACUGAUGAGUUAAUACAAAAAAAAUCCAUGAGAAGUUUGUUCAGUGCACUGUGCUAACCAUCACAAACAGACUGACCACCAUUAUUGACAGGAUAAUGGUUUUGGAUUCAGGGAGAUUGGAAGAAUAACGAUAAGCCAUAUGAUUUGCUGCAAGAUAGAGACGGCCUAUUUUACAAGAUGGUGCAACAACUGGGCAAGGACGAGGCUGCUGCCCUCAUUGAAACAGGAGAACAGGUGCACUUCAAAAUGAAAUAGACAGAUAUUACUCACAGUGACCAUCUGGUUAUGAACGCUUCCAAUGGACAGCUCUCAGCCUUAACAAUUUUUGAGUCAGCACCGUGAUUCUACCAUGAGGUCAAGUCUAUUCCGAAGGCAUUUCUCCAAUAGUUUUUGCACUGCAUAAGCUAUACUGUAUUUUCUUUACACCAGCAACAAAUACUUACACAUACAAGAUGUUCGUUUAUUUGGAUUAUUUUCUCCAACUUCACCCAACGAUUCUAAGCUCUUACAAAAGGAUUAUUUUUAUUAUGUUAUACUAUUUUUUUCUUAUCCAAAUCAGAUGUACAGGCCACCAAUAAAAGCUGUCUCUCAGUUUUUGUGCCUUGAGAGACUCCAGAGACAAAGCACAUUUUCUAAGGUGCAAGACAAAGUUGUCACAGAUGUUUCUUACUGUUCCCCAAAUUAUAUACCCCUGUCCAAUUAUAUCAAGGAUUCUAUUUAGUUGAAGCGUGUGUGUGAAGUUGCCAUUUUGUCUCACCACUUCCUUUAACAGAACUGGAUUCCAUACCCAAAGACCUCUGGUUAAAACAGUAAGAGAAAACUAAUAGGAAAAACAAAAAAUAUACCUUAGUUUAAGUGACAUUAUAUGAAAGAGAGGCAUCCCCUCUCCA